CGCUGCGGGGCAGCCGCCGGCCCGCGCGGCGGGUGGCUGCGGCGGGGCACGAUGAACAGCUCCGACGAGGAGAAGCAGCUGGAGCGCCUCGCCAGCCUCAAGGACCAAGCUAUUGGUGAAUAUGAAGAGCUUAGAGCAGAAAAUAAGAAAACGAAAGAAGAGUGUGACAAAAUCAAGCAAGAACGAGAUGAGGCUGUCAAAAAACUGGAGGAGUUUCAGAAAAUUUCUCACAUGGUUAUUGAGGAAGUAAAUUGUAUUCAGAACCAUCUUGAAAUUGAGAAGACCUGCCGUGAAAGUGCUGAGGCUUUGGCUUCUAAGCUGAACAAAGAAAAUAAGACCUUGAAAAGAAUUAGUAUGAUUUAUAUGGCAAAACUGGGCCCAGAAAUUAUCACUGAAGAGAUUAACAUUGAUGAAGAUGAAUCAUCCACAGAUGCGGAAACUAGCUCUGGGUCAUGCAAUUCUGUGCAUUGUCAGCAGCAAAUAAAAGAACUGCGAGAUCAAGUCGUGUCUGUUCAUGAGGAAAAGAAGACCUUAGCCAUUGAACUGGAAAACCUGAGGUGCAAACUUGUAGAAGUAAUUGAAGAAGUGAAUAAAUUGAAAGAAGAAAAGGCUGUUUUGACAACGGAAGUCGAUAAGCAACAAAAACUUUUGGAGAAAUGUAAUAGAGUGUCUGUGAUGGCAGUAGAGGAAUAUGAAGAGCUCCGUGUAAACUUUGAACUGGAAAAGAACCUGCGGAAGAAAGCAGAGUCAUUUGCACAAGAGAUGUUUAUUGAACAGAACAAGAUGAAAAGGCAGAGUCAGUUGCUUCUGCAAAAUUCUGCUCCUGAUCAACAGCUUUUGAAGGCUUUGGAUGACAAUGCUAAGCUAACCCAGGCAUUAGAAGAAGAGAGGCUUCAACACCAGCAAAAGAUCAAAGAAUUGGAAGAGCAGCUAGAGAAUCAAGCACUGCAUAAGGAGAUUAGUCGUCUUAAACAGCAACUAGAACUUUUGGAAGAAGAUAAAAAGGAACUAGAGCUUAAAUGUCAGCACUCCGAAGAAAAAGCUAGAGACCUAAAGCAUUCAGUUGAUGAACUUCAAAAACGAGUACAGCAGUCUGAAAAUCCUGCACCACCUCCUCCUCCACCGCCCCCUCCUCCCCUCCCUCCGCCCCCUCCCAACCCUAUACGGUCUCUCAUGUCAAUGAUUCGCAAGAGAUCUCACUCCAACACCAAUGUGAGCAAGAAGGAGAAACCUCCUCAGCAGGAGUCAGGUGAAGAAGUUACGGAUCUGAAGAGACAAGCUGUUGAAGAAAUGAUGGACAGAAUUAAAAAGGGAGUUCACCUGAGACCAGUCAACCAGUCAAGCAGGCCUAAAACAAAGCCAGAAACACCAAAGCCCUCUGAAAGUGCAAUGAAGGAAUUAAAGGGGAUUCUGGAAACACUGAAUAAAUCCACUAGUUCCCGAAGCUUGAAGUCCCUUGAGACAGAGAGCGGUGAAACGGAGCUGGAGCGAGUCCUGCGCCGCCGCAAGGUGACCACUGACCAGGACAGUGGCAGUCCCACUGGAAUCUUGGCCACAUCAGAAUCAAAAUCUUUGCCUGUGCUAGGUUCAGGAGCCAGUGCUGCACAGACAGCGUUGAACAAGAAAGAUGUGGAGACAGAAUUCGCUUCCAAAGUACCCAACUCAGGACCUGUCUCUAACCAGCCUCAGGCUGCAACGGGCUCCAGGCCUACUUUGCAAUCAACUAGUCAUACAGAAUUUACAAGAAAAGCUUCUAGCAGUGAAAAAGACACCAAAUCCGUUGUAGUUUUAGAUCCUGUGUCCACCAGCGGGGAUCAGAUGUCUGAAAACACGCUGAACCAGAAUGAAGUUAAGGAAGAAAAAAGCAAGCCAACACAUAAAGAAAAUAAUGUUGAGAAAACAAAAGAAACAGAUAGUUCUAACUGUUAAUUGUUAUUCUGAAAGGCUGUUACUUUUGGGAAUCAUUAUCUGGACAUGUGAAUUGCUUAGGUGUGUUACUCGGGGCUACAGCCUGUACUCCAGACAGUUUUCAAUAAUACAGAUUGAAAUGGUCUUUUUGUAUGCAGUUUUGUUACAUGCACUGAAGUGUUAAAUAACUGUGUGUCACUCAAAAUCCCUUUCCCAUUUUAAUUUUGCAGGGAAAGUUAUUAAUUUCCUAGAUAGUGUCAGUUACCUUUACUUUUAAACUGUAUUUGAAAAGGCUUUUUAAAUUCUUCUUUUAUUGAGAAGAUGCCUUGUUAAAGGUUGCCAGAAGCCCCUUGCAUCCCUCUUGAACUGGACAGCUUUGGGUUAGACCCUGUGAAGGUGAUUACACCCUCAUCAGCUUCAUUAUGGGGGGUGUUACUAAUUAUUAGAAAAAACAAACCAAUGUGUUUAGACACAUUGCUUUAAAAAUAUUUGAUAUCUACUUAAACCAAGAUCCUGCUGGUCUCCUCCACACAUUCCUUUGAGGAAGCGAAAAGCACAAGCACAACCCUCCUGUUUCAGGUUGCCCAGAAACCAAAAAGCAGAGGCAGUGCAGCAUCUCAUUGUGGGACCAAGACUUUUGGCAACAAUAGCCAGAGUCAGAGGUUUGUGGGCUGAGACUGGUGCUCUCGUUUGGAUUAAAAGCUUUGCAAAGGAGGACUUCUUCCUGCUUUUUGUUUCAAUGUUAUAUGGCAAAUUUUGGAACUGCUGCAACUGGAGUCUGUAUUUGCUGCAAAAAAAUAACUUGCCCUAGGCUAUGGCUGGCACGGGCUACAUUUGGGAUUCAGUUGUAGUAUUUGGAAUCAACAUUUUGAGAACUCUCAGUUGAAAGCUCACAGUGCUAACAAAUUAGCCCCUGCUUUGAACCUGGCACACACUGAUGGCAAUAAUUUAUUAGGUGACACUCAAGAUAUCUGUAUUUGAUAACAGAAAUCCCAGUUUCCCUCAGCCCUUAUUUCCUAUGAAGACAGUGAGAUAGGAACAUGAUUGAUUUGCUCCACUGCCAGUUCACAUUCCACUGUAGUCUCUUUUUAAAUUCAACACAGUAUCUCAUUCUUUUAUAAUGAAUGAACAAAUGUAAUCAGGGAUUUAUCUAAAGAUUGGUGUAACUGGAAUUGGGUGGUCACGUACUUGAAUGCACUUGGAUUCUUUUUUUAUUUAAUUAUUUGAAACAGUGAUAGUAUUGAAGGAUGAAUGUUCUGAGUUUGUUGGUUUGGCUCUGCAUGCAACUGUCUGGUGCUUUUCCUAAAAAUAAAAUGACAGUAAUGAG